AUGGCUCUCCGACCAAAGAACCUGCUCAUCAUUGGUGGAGGACCAUGCGGGCUCAUAACGCUCCGUAACUGUCUCCACCACGGAACGUUCACCAAAGUCCAGCUCGUCGAAAGACGCGACGACAUAGGCGGCGUCUGGUAUCAAAACCACGCCCCAAAUUAUCGCUCACGAUGGUCCACACCCGCAUACCCUGGUCUCAUAGGCAACGUCAUACCCGAGUUUCUCUCCUUCUCAGAACACCCUUUUCCGGCACCUCCCAGAGAACAUCAGCCAUUCCCUACGUUAGCAGAGACAAACACCUACCUCAAGGAAUUUGCGCGCCCGUUCAUAGAGAACGGGCAUAUACGUUUAAGCUUCGAGGUCACUGGAGUGGAGGAGGUGGAGGGCGGUGGAUGGACGGUCCGCAUGAAAGAUUGGAAUAAAGGUGAUGUGGUAUUGGAAGAAACUUGGGAUGCAGUGGUUAUCGCCACCGUUUGGUUUGAUAACCCGCAUUUUCCAGAUGUACCAGGUCUUCGAGAGUUGCAGCAGCAACAACACAAUAAAGUCCAGCACGCCAUCAAUUGGACGGGUCCACAUGAUGAUCACAAGGGAAAGUGUGUCCUCGUCAUCGGAAAUGCAAAUUCUGCAAACGAAAUGGCCGCUCAGCUCGCGCCCAUAGCCCAAACACCAAUAUACAGAUCCACCCGCCGAAUUUCUGUAUUUCCCUCCUUACCUGACACCCGCAUCCAAGACAUCGGCCCCAUAAGUCGCUACACUACCACCACCAACAACAAAAUAACUGCGCAUGUUCAAGACGGAACCGGCAUUGAAAAUAUCGACAUCGUCUUAUUCGGAACAGGCUACUAUCCGCAUGUACCCUACCUUCGCGUCCUUCGCCCAGAUCCAGACCCCCAGACCCGCGCUCGCACACUUGUACCAUUAACAUCACGCACAACAGUACCCACCCGUAUCCCUUCCCUCCACAACCAAAUACUCUACGCCUACAACCCCACCCUCGCAUUCAUAGGCGCUCCUACCUCCUUUAUCCCCUUCACCCUCGCAGACCUCACCAGCACCUGGCUCUCCCUUGCAUGGUCAGGGCUGAUCCAGAUACCCCCUACUCCCAAAGCCAGACUCGUAUACGAGCAAAGCCGCCUCCGUACCCUAGCAGAACAGCGCUCAGAAUCAGACAACCCUUCCGACUUGAUCAAUUUUCAUUUCUUGGGUCGCUAUGAGAUGGAGUAUGCGAGAGGUCUCAGGGGGGAUAUCGUGAGGGCGAAUGAGGGGUUGGGUAGGGUGCUUGCAAGAUGGGAUGACGAGCAGGAUGAGAGACGGUUUGCAAUGUAUGCGACGAAGAUGGAGAGUUUGUUUGUUUCUGCGGGUGUCGAGAGACUAAUGCCGAUAGAUGACAAUACAACGUAG